AUGGAGGCCAAGGCAGACAUCGGGCUCGAUAAGGUUCCAGUCGAGAUCCUUCUCAAGAUUGCUGGAUGCCUCAAGAGUGAAAAGGAUCUUGGGGCUCUUGUUCGCUCGUCCCGCCGGGCAUACAUAACGCUUAACGGCGUUUUAUACGAACGCAAUGUGUUUGAAGCCCAUCCCAAACAUUCCUGUGUUCUUUGGGCGGCUAGGAACGACUCGUUGAACACGAUAAAGCUGGCUUAUGCCCAUGGCGCAGAUCUGAACCUCUACGAUCCGCGAUCUGAGCUGAGAAUCACGAUUGUGUGGUCCAAAAGAAAGAAAGUGGAUGCUAGAAAGAUAUUCUCGCCGCUCCACGUGUCAGUGAUGAAGGGCUAUCACCACAUCACACAGUAUCUCCUUGAUCAUGGCGCCUCCGUCGACAUUCCGUCAGUCGGCCUCUGCAGCUGCCAUGCCAUGAACUUCAGACCACUGUUCCCCGCAUGGUAUCCGCUUCACACAGCUCUGGUCCAUGCAAAAGAGGGCGAAAUAUCAUCAGAGAUGUUGAUACGGCACGGCGCGCGCAAGGUGGCCGCAGAAUGUCCUGGCCUCAGCUUCCAAACAAUCAGCUACCAGCCGAGCCUGGCCAGGCUUGUGGCCGAUCUGGGAGGUCUUAGAGAGGGCAAUGUAGACGCCUUGGGCUAUGCGCCACUUCAUCUUGCUUCACUGGAUGGAAUGGACGAUGUGGUUGAAAUGAUCCUCGAGAACCCCGAAGCAAACAUUCAUGUAAGAACCCUCGAAGAAAACAGUACUGUUUUGCAUUGCGCCGUCAGACAGCGAAACCUCAACACGACAAAGCGGCUUCUAGCAAUGCCAGGCAUAGAGGUUGAGACUACGGAUGCUCAUAACAGGAACGUCGUUUACGCCGCAGCAAGGGGUUACAACGAUGGGACUGUUGCGUCUAUCAUUUCCCUCCUCGUCGAGCGCGGUGCCAACAUCAACCUACCUGAUGAGGCUGGGGUGACUCCUCUCUAUGCCGCGGCUUCCAGGAUAUUGAUUUAUGACUAUCCCAAUUUCAAGGCCGUUGAAGCGCUGCUCACUCACGGCGCCGACCCCUUUUUGUAUCAAAAGAACGAGCACGGCUGGACCAUCUUCCACCAACUGCUUCGGCAGGCUCCUAAUUUCGGGGAGGUGGUGAAUCCACGACGGGCUGCGCUGAAAAGACUCAUUGAGCUGGGGCUUGAAUUUGACACUUGCUCCUGUACCACUCAAGAUGAAUACGGCCUCGACUUUGACAGCGACGCCACGCCGCUGUUCUUUGCUGCCGCACAAGCUCAAGACCCGGAGUGCACCGAGAUCUUGCUCAAGGCUGGUGCUAGGCCAAAUACGCCGGUGCUGAAUCGAGAGAAUCCCGAACACAUGCAAACUCAGAGCUUUUUGGCCGGUGUAUUUCGCCAUCUGUGGUGGGAAACGGAGAGUCGCGGGUUUGCUCCUCCCUUAAGUCAAGCUGGCGAGAUCGUAGCAUUACUUCUCAAGUACGGCGCCAGUUUGGAGGACGUCGAUGGCGUAGAGUCUGCCCUGGAGUUUGUGUGCCGGUGUCCAGAGGAGAGAAUGGAUUACUCCCAUCUGGACUUUGUGCUGGAGCACGCCACCCGCGAAAAUGUGUCUCCUGAGCACGUCGAGGGGGUUAUUAAUGGCAAUAGGCUUGAAUCUAGUAUCACGAAGGGUGCGAUUGCCGACCAUCACCGCAUCGUGGCUCACAAGCUGAUAAAGUUUGGGGAGCGAUUAUUUCCGGGAGAGAUUUCGACUGAGGAAAUUGUGGAUGAUGCGAUGGACGUCGAUGCCGAUGCCGAAAGUGAUGGUGAUGAUACACGUACUGAAUAA